AUGAGGUGUUUCUCUUGUCUCAAUACACAAACCAAUGACAUGAGAGUCAACAUUCAUGCACUUCCUUACCUAACUGAUCAUUCCUCAGCUGACACAAGAAGCAAUUCAACGGGAACAGGAAUAGGAACAGGGUCCAAAUCUGGCAUUUUAGUUAAUGGGAAAGUGAAUAGUCCUAAACCUGGAGGUGGUGCAAGGAGUUUCACGUUCAAGGAGUUAGCCGCCGCAACGAAGAAUUUCCGGGAUGGUAAUAUGAUCGGAAAAGGAGGAUUUGGGAGUGUUUACAAGGGACGUUUAUAUUCAGGACAAGUGGUUGCUAUCAAGCAAUUAAACCCUGAUGGUCAUCAAGGAAAUCAAGAAUUCAUAGUUGAAGUUCUUAUGCUUAGCGUUUUUCAUCAUCCAAAUCUAGUAACUUUAAUCGGUUAUUGUACUUCUGGUGCUCAAAGACUUCUUGUUUAUGAAUACAUGCCAAUGGGUAGCUUAGAAGAUCAUCUUUUUGAUCUUGAGCCUGAUCAGACUCCGCUAAAUUGGAAUACUCGAAUGAAAAUCGCGGUUGGUGCAGCUCGUGGGAUCGAGUAUCUUCAUUGUAAAAUAAGUCCAUCCGUGAUUUACCGCGAUUUGAAACCGGCAAAUAUAUUGUUAGACAGAGACUUUCACCCCAAACUCUCUGAUUUUGGACUUGCCAAAGUCGGUCCUGUUGGAAACCGGACGCAUGUGUCGACUCGGGUUAUGGGUACUUACGGAUAUUGUGCUCCCGAAUACGCGAUGAGCGGAAAGUUAACCAUUAAAUCGGAUAUCUAUAGCUUCGGUGUAGUGUUGCUUGAGUUGAUUACUGGCAGGAAAGCUAUUGAUUUGAGUAAACCUAGCGGAGAGCAGUACCUUGUUGCUUGGGCUCGACCUCAUCUAAAGGACCCUAAGAAAUUUGGACUCCUAGCGGACCCGUUGCUGCAUGGAAAGUUUUCAAAGAGGUGUCUUAGUUAUGCGAUUGCGAUAAUCGAUAUGUGCCUGAACGAAGAAGCGAACCGCAGACCGAAGAUAGGCGAUGUCGUGGUGGCAUUUGAGUACUUAGCCGCUCAGAGCAAAGUUCAUGAAGCUAAAAAGGCAGCUCGCAAGUCAACAGACUCUGGGAGGCCAAGGAAGGAAAGAAAACAGAGUUACUAA